UGAUGACGGCACCGUGUUUUCGGGCCCGCCGUCAUCGCGAGACAGCAGCGACACGCGCACGCUCUCUCGGUGUAUUCCUGUGCGCGAGAGCAGGAGGGAGCAGAGGCCAGUGUGCGGCAGCGCGAGCGCCCAUCCAGCCCUGAUGAUCACCAUGCGGACGGAGCUGUAGGGAGCGCGCGGUCGGUGCUUCUCCGGGGCGUGUGUGUGUGAGUGUGUGUGCGCGCGCGGUUUUUCGCCGUCGAGCAUCGGCAGUGAGGCGGGCACGAGGCGCUCAGGUGCUGCUGCAGCGCGCGGCCGAACACACGAGCGAAGGAUGGAGUUCAAGCAGCUGGUGGACACGGCGGAGAAAUGGUGCUCGGGCAACCCGUUCGACCUGAUCUUCGCCGAGGAGGUGGACGAGAGGCGCCUGGACUUUUACGCCGAGCCCGGCAUCUCAUUCUACGUGCUGUGCCCCGACGGCAUGACGGGAGGAGGCGACAAUUUUCACGUGUGGAGUGAGAGCGAGGAUUGUCUGCCAUUCCUGCAGCUGGCCCAGGACUACAUCUCCUCCUGUGGUAACAAAACCUUGCUGGAGGUCCUCGAAAAAGUCUUCAGAUCCUUCAGACCUCUCCUGGGUCUUCCAGACAUUGAUGAUGACACAUAUGAGCAGUACCAUGCAGAUGUGGAGGAGGAAGCAGAGACAGACCACCAGCAGAUGGGCGUUAGCCAGCAAUAAUGCCCAGCGAGGCGGCUCGGCUGUGCGCCCACAAUAAUGUCCAGUAAAGGGGGCCUUUCCGUGGGCCGCAGUCCAAUGUUUCUUCCCUCUCUUUUUCCUUCUUCCAUGCCAUCCUAACAUCUCUGCUCUUUUAUGAAACGCACUAUCCUUCUCUCUAUCUCUCCCACACAAACAAGCGCCUGUUAAACUGCACCAUUAUGCCCUUUAAUAUGUAGAUGGCUAUGUCUCCCAAAAAGAGCACUGUCGGCACACUUCACAUCUGUCUUGUUUUCAACAGCAAGACAUAUGAUCCAUAUUAUAUGGAUAUGCUUUUCAACUGCAAGACAUAUAAUCCAUAUUAUGCACACAUUGUGCAUUAACUCAUGCAUCAAGUGAGAAUAUCAGUCCAAUACAACCCACAAUGUCCCAAAAUUGUUUAGUUUUUGACUGUGUGGGCUCAUUAAACAGCAUUAACCUGGCCAAAUGGCCAAAGAUCUACUUUUAGUUGAGCCCCCUAAGAAUAAUGAAUAGAAAUUGUCGUUAUGAAUGUAUAGACUUAGGAAGUCCUGAUUGAUUGCUGGUAAAUAGGUGUUGUAAUGCCUGAAGCCAGUCAAUGGUUACAAAGGUCAGAAGAUAUUUGUUGAAACUGUUGGACUACUGAUCUAAGGUUGAGCCUUUGUACUCCUAGUAAAUCUUGUCAUAUGGGCUGAAUGGGUAAAGCUGAUUCUAGAUCAGUCAUCUUAGCUUGAGACACUAAACACAUAAUAGCCCCAAAGCAGAGAUAAUGUGAUUAGAUUUUUUAGAGUGGAUAGAGGUGCUUGCUGUAACUGUGGAUACUCCUGUUAUGGUCUUGACUAGUCUUUGUAUUAAAAUACACUGAAUUGCCAGUAUAUUAGGCCCUAUGGUCCCUUUCUGAUGAUGAAUGGGGUAGAGGGGGGCUGAUAAAUGCAACAGGUGGGAUACAGUUGGCUACAGUGUGCAACUAUAAACAUACAAAGUCCACCUAUGUGAUAGAUGUUUCUGAUAAAAUGGCCAGUGAGUAGCCAUGCAUGAUAUGCAACACAAGUGUUAGUUUUUGGCAAGAAAAAAAUCCCCAACUCAGAUUUAAACAAUACUAUCAAAAAUGAUGAGUACAGUGAUUUUUAUUAAACGUUUACACACUCAGCUGUACUAAAUCCAGUUAAACUGGACAAUUUACACUCUCUUUGUAACAAAACAAUACGGACGAUAUUUACGAUAUGCUCAGAAAAGCAUAUUGUGAUAAAUAUCGUAAUAAUGCCCACCCCCUAGGUUAUAAGGUAUAAUAAGAAUACACCUAAUAAACUGGCAACUCUGUAAACUUUUUGGGCGUUUUUGCGCUUCUGCUGGAGUUUUUAAAGCCGUAGUGACUUCUUUUCUUCUUCCAUGCCGCUCUGCUCACAGUUUAGCCAGGCAAAAAGCUUGAAUUUGUACUUUAAUGGCCCAGUCACAUUUGCAACCAGAAUUUUAUGAUUAAAAUGACUUUUCAGUAUGAUUCACAUACACAGUGAGACUUCUUGAGCGAAUAAAUGUCCUGUGUGAAAUUUUGAGUCAAGGUUAGUUUUGCGGAACUUUGAAUUUGAGUCAUUGGGCUGAAGUUUUGAGGUCUGAAGGUGAUGUCCUUCACAGUGAAUAACUAAAAUGCUCAUUUAACUAGAGUCUAAGGCUGGGUGUACACUACAUGAUUUUUUUUGCCUGAUUUUAUCCCUGAUUUGUCCCAUGUGACAAAUUUUACAAUCUGAAGUGAUUUUCCAGGUUGGGAAUGUUCUGGUAGUGUGAGCGGAGAAAUGAGUUGGUCUUUAGCCCUCUGAUCGAACUCUGAAGUGAUCGAAAGCCCUCUGUUGUUUGAUGAGUCCUGUAGUGUGAUAAGGUCAGAGAUUUACUCAACAAGUGAUUCAAACUAAAGCCAAUCAGAGAGCUAGAAGAGUGGAGAAAAAAGAGAAUACACAUAGCCUGAUCAGUGGAGUACUGAGAUAGAGGAGCUGUGUGUAAAACACAGGCAAAUAAGAGCCGUUAUCAUGUUUAUAAUGUCAAAGCUGCGCGUAAAAGUACAAACAGGUCUGGUGCAGUAGAUUAAGCUUUAUCUGCGCCAUGUGAUUUCUGAGGACGUCUGGGGGUUUGAGUUCUUAUUCGAAGCCCAGACUCAUUAAUUGUGUUAUACUCUCUCGUUGUCUUGUUGUCUAGUGUGAGCGCCCUCAUGACAAAAGGAGAAGGAAUUUUGACGUUUGAUGUUAAGCUUGUGACGCUCUCCAUUUCAGAAAUCUGAUAAGGUUUUAAAAGUCGUGCAGUGUACUCACAGCCUAAGCGUGACUGUUGAAUCGUUUCCUCCCCGCUGGCUAUAAAUAAACACAUGAAAGACAGACGGCAUGAUACGGCAUCCUUUUUGUGGUUUUUUUUCUGUUUGUGGUAGGCAAGUUAGCCAGCUUGCUAACUUCAGUGUUAGCUGCUUGGCUAACCAGAGCUCCACACAAGUCACUCCACUGUUGACAACCCUGCUCAUUAUCUAUAUAGUAUUUGCUACAGAGCAGUAUGUGACACUAUACUGUCGCAAGUAUAUCUGUAUCUGAUAGAAUUAUGUUCACAUUUGUGUUUUGGUGCAGUUAGCUUGACCGCACCAAAACUUUACCAGAGUGGAGGAUUUUUUCAUUGCCAAUCUUCGGACACGGCCGUUUAGCAAGGUGACGCAAACUGCAAAUGUCUAGUACGACUGUGGCUUAAGAAUGAUACUCGUUUUUUUUCUGCUGUUCAUUUAAAUGCAUGCAGCACAAUAAGCAUGCUAGUAGUUCAGUACACUCCAGUGAUCUGAGGCUGUAUUUUCAAGCCAGGGGCUAUUGUUUAGGGAUCACUUCUUAUGCGACAGCAAACACAAUCAGCGCUGACUGAGGAGAAUCUGAUCUUAGAUCAGCGCUCCGUUUGCACUUCUUGACCACAGGCACUGGGCCUGGUCUGACUAGGCCAUUUCAGUGUAAUCACCGGCCUCACCCCACUCGACCCAGAACACAUACAGAACGUUCCCAGAAAGUUGUCUCAGCACUGGUUGGUGCAAAAUUAAGAGGAACAUCACAUUUUGUUGGUGGACACCUUGCUUAUGUGGCUGUGGGAAGGGAAGUCGAUAUGAUCCUGCUGACCUCAGUGUGUUCAGUGCCCGCCUAAUGCUGCCUCCAUUUACCCCACCAUAAGCCACAACCCACCCUCCACAGGUACACUCACUGCUUCCAUAUCGUCUUCCUCGCCAUGCUCAGUGUGCUGCCAGCAUAGAGAUAAAUUGGUCCACUUGUACUGAAAUCUGUUGUGAGGUCAGUCAGAGCUGCUCUUCUUCAAUCAUAUUUAUUUGAUUGUCCAGCUUUAUGUACUUUGUUCUGGAUUGCUGUAAGCUUUUGCAGUUUAUUGUUUUUUUUAUUAUUCCAACACCUCCUGUUAACACUAUGCCACUUUUUAAUGAGUUUUGCCUAAAGAUGUAAGAUUUUAUAGUUUAACUAUUUUUCCCCCUCUCAUGCUUUGUGUUUUGUUUUGUCCUCCAGUUUGUGUACGGUCCUAAAUUAUUAAACCAUGUGGAGGUGAUGAUCUUC